ACUCAUCAGGACAAUUAUUAAUUAACCUUAUCCCCCUGUUUUUAUUGGGGUAUCCGAGAUAAGUCUUAAGUUUUUAUUCGGUUGAUCUCAGCGGGCUUAGCACUCAUAUGCAGAGCCCAUAAAGGCUAAAGCUCAUUAUACUCAAGAAUUUCAUGAGACUCUGAAAGCAACAUUUGUUAAAGCUCCAGCAAUGUCCAAAAUUUCGAUAUUGUUCUGUUUCAUUAUUUUGGCAUUUGGGAUUUUUGCCAAUGGUUCAGAAAAUGGGCUUGGGAUAUAUGAGAUCAAGAAAGGUGAUUUCUCUGUAAAGGUCACCAACUAUGGUGCAAGAAUUGUGUCUGUUGUUCUUCCUGAUAAGAAUGGAAAGUUAGCUGACGUUGUUCUUGGUUAUGAUACAAUCAAAGAGUACAUGAAUGAUACCUGUUACUUUGGGGCCAUUGUUGGACGGGUCGCUAACCGCAUUGGUGGUGCUAAGUUUACUCUUAAUGGAACUCUCUAUAAACUUGACGCUAAUGAGGGAAAUAACACACUCCAUGGUGGUAAAAAAGGUUUCAGCGAAGUGGCUUGGAAAGUGACAAAGCACGUCAAAUAUGGUCGAUCUCCUUACAUUACCUUAUCGUACCACAGUGUUGAUGGCGAAGAAGGGUUUCCUGGUGAUGUUCUGGCCUCGGUGACAUAUGCUCUUAUUGAACCAUACAAAUUGAGUGUAACAAUGAAGGCAAAAGCUUUGGACAAGGCCACUCCUGUGAGCCUUGCCCAACACAGCUACUGGAACCUUGGUGGCCAUAACAGUGGGAAUACUUUGUCCGAUGAGCUGCAGUUAUUUGCUUCACACAUCACACUGGUGGAUGACAAACUCAUCCCCACCGGUAAAAUCGUCCCUGUCAAGUCCACACCUUACGAUUUUCUUGAACCCCAUGUAAUAAAAGGCCCCAUAAAACGACUUCCCAAGGGCUCUAAGGGUUACGAUAUAAAUUAUGUGGUUGAUGGUCCAAAAGGGCAAAAGAUGAAGCCAGUAGCUAUAGUUUAUAAUAAGAAGUCUGGAAGAAUAAUGAAGUUAUCGGCGAAUGCUCCUGGGGUGCAGUUGUACACCGGUAACUACAUCAAUGACGUGAAGGGAAAAGGUGGAUAUGUUUAUCAAUCUCAUGCAGCCUUGUGUUUGGAGACUCAAGGGUUCCCGGAUUCUGUGAAUCACCCCAAUUUCCCUUCAGAAAUUGUUAAUCCAGGAAAGACUUAUGAACACUGUAUGCUGUUUACAUUUUCCACGAAGAAAUGAUAGGUUUAGCUGAUGAUAAUUAAGCUUACAGCCAUAACUCUCUUUUGUUCCCUUUCUGCACAAUAACAUCAAUAAAUAUUACCGGGACCAUCUACUUCUCGAGCAA